AUGAUUCUUCUCCUUCUCCUACUUCCGAUAACGUCCGUUUCCGCCUACAAAGACCUUUUUGCGUCGCCGCUCGAGCCCGAGUUCUUCGACAUUCAAAUCGAUCGAUCGAACCCGCAAAAGUUGUACAAAGAGUUUGAGAACUUUGUGAUAAAGUACAAGAAAACGUACGCAGAUGAGACGGAGAAGAAGCUGAGAUUCAAUAAUUUCGUGCAAACUCACAAUCAGAUUGGAAAGUACGAGGGGGUUAGGUACCGAGACAUCAUUGGUACAUUUCAGAGUAUCGGCCAAGGCAAAGGCGGCUGGAUCGGACACACAGUUCGGCAUCAAUCAUUUUGCCGAUCUCAGCACAGAAGAGUUCAAAGUGGGUGGAAAUUGAGGUCAACUACUCAAUAUCUUUUCAGAUUCGUCUUUCGAGCAUCGCUCCCGGCAACCACUCCGACGUUCCGAUCUUCAACACGACCCGCAAACGUUCCCGUUCCAAGAGACAGUUGGACAACCUUCCCGUCACUUUCGACCUGCGCGACAAGAAGAUCGGCGCGCGAUACGUGCUCAAUUCUAUCAAAAAUCAAGGUUGCGAUUCGUUCGAACCGUUCAAAUUGGUCUUUCUGUUUCCCAGAACAAUGCGCGUGUUGCUGGGCAUUCGCAGCCACCGCCGUCGCCGAGUUUGCGCAUUCUCUACAUAAGAAAAAAGUUGUGGUAGGUAUUGGGGGUCCGGUCGCGCCCGCGCACUCUUUCUUUCAGCACCUAUCCGACCAAGAGGUCUGCGACUGUGGCCACGGCUCGAUUCCCGGCUGCAAAGGCGGAGACCCGACCGAAGGCCUCAAGUACAUUGCCAGAGCCGGCCAGGCGUCCGAGAUCGAGUACCCGUACGAGCAGAACCGCUCGUACGCGAUGGACUCGUGCGCCGCGAGCGUCUACGAACGAGAGCUCGAUCCGUUGGUGCUCACGUUGCAGGCGAUCGAUCCGUUCAACGCCGAGUACCAGAUAAUGAUGAGUCUGGUGCACUACUCGGCGCCGGUGGCCGUCGCAUUCCGCGUCGGCGAGUCGUUUCGUGUUCUGGAAAGCGGUGUGCUCGAGAUGGAGGACUGCUACAAGACGGAAGAGGCCGAAUGGCAUUCUCUGACUAUUGUGGGCUAUGGGAGAACUCGGACCCGCAAAGGCAGAAAUGUUGACUACUGGAUCAUCAAGAACUCGUGGGCGACCGAUUGGGGAGAGGGGGGUUACGCUCGUGUCGCACGUGGAAUCAAUUGGUGUCAGAUUGAGUCGAGAGCAAUUACUGCUUUGAUUCAAUAA